ACCGCGCUUUAGCUUCCAAGCGAAGCGAAAGGCCGAGCGUCUUCUCCCAGCUCCUGCGACAAGAGGCAGAAGAGAAUCCGUAGGGUUAGGGUUCCGCCGCUAUGGCCAGCGCUGGCAUACACCCGUACCACCAGCAGUGGGUGCCACCGCCGCAGGCGCAGGCGGCGGCGGCGGCCCCUCCCAUUCACGUCGAAAACCCUAAUCGCUCCGCCCCCGACGAGGUUCGGACGAUCUUUAUCUCGGGUCUCCCGGGGGAUGUGAAGGAGAGGGAGCUCCACAAUCUCUUAAGGUGGUUGCCGGGCUUCGAGGCAUCUCAGAUCAACUUCAAAGGGGAGCAGCCCAUGGGUUUCGCCCUUUUCUCUUCUCCUCAGCACGCCGUGGCAGCAAAAAACGCUCUUCAGGACUUGGUCUUUGAUGCCGAAACAAAUUCUGUCUUGCACACGGAGAUGGCAAAGAAGAAUCUCUUUGUCAAGAGAGGUGUAGUGGCCAACUCAAGCUCCGUUGACCAGAGUAAACGCCUGCGAACUGGUGGGGACUAUAAUUAUGCAAGCUAUCCAACUCCUCCUUUUCACCCUCCGCCACCACCUCCAGUUUAUGGAACCCCAGGAUAUAUGGCUCCAUCUGCUCCAUAUGACCCAUAUGGAGGUUAUCCAGUACCUCAAGUGUCUAUGCCUACUCCUGCUCCUAUGCCAGCACCUAGUGGUUAUUCUCCUAUUCAGAAUACAAAAGACAAUCCUCCAUGCAAUACUCUUUUUAUUGGCAAUCUUGGCGAGAAUGUAAAUGAGGAAGAACUUGGGGGCCUUCUUAGUGUGCAACCUGGUUAUAAACAAAUGAAAAUUUUGCGUCAGGAAAGAAAUACUGUUUGCUUCAUUGAAUUUGAUGAUGUGAACAGCGCCAUAACUGUUCACCAGAAUCUGCAGGGUGCUGUUCUUCCUAGCUCCGGUCGCGGUGGCAUGCGAAUACAGUUUUCGAAGAACCCUUUUGGAAGAAGGAAGGAUACAGUCAAUGGCUCUGCAGCUGAGCACAAUGUAGCUCCCACUACCUACCAGCCGAAACUUGAAGGGGUGUAAGCUUCCCUUGUGAAGAUAAUGGAAUAGGAAAUGGGCCCCGUCAUGGAAAAUAUGCUGUUGCAUCCCACAUCAAUAGUUGUCAUCAGCAUCCUUGACUGAAUGCACCUGUUGUAAUGAAUGUCAUUACCGUCUUCCAUGAGUUGAAGUCACUUGGGGCAUCAUGAACUGUUAUUAAAUGUGCAUUGGCAUCAUCAGCAUAGUUAACUAGUGUUUUCUUAUCUUUAAUUAUGUGAACUUGAAGGGGACAAAGUGAUCUGUUAUUUAGAUGUGCAUUGACAUCAUUGACAUGGAUAAUUAUUACCUUUUCAAUUUUAUCUAUGCAUGCAGUUGAAGGAUGCACAUUUUGCUUAAUUCAUCGUAUGAUACUUUGGAAACUGGCCA